AUGGAUAUUGCCGAUGAUGCUGAUGAGCUGAGAUGUUCCUCUGCUACUUCUUCUACUGCUACUACCGCUACUAAAAAUGACCAUUGCCAGAAUAGCAACUCGGGCAUGGCCGUCGCUGUGGCCGUAGCACCUGUGGCUGUGCAACACUGCCAUUGUCCAAUGCCCACGCGCCCCCACCAAGAAUACGAGCACGGCCGGCCCAAGGGAGGCGGUGACGUUACAUACGGUUCUGACGGUACUGGCCGAGUGCGCGACAAAAAAAAAGGUCCGAGGUUUAUCCUUUGGUUGUUGUUGUUGUCAUGCUCCUCUGCUGUAUCCGUCUGGCACAUGUGUCUGUCUUCCGACCUUCCGUUCCGGCUUGCACAUACAUCAUGCCCAACCUAG